AUGUCGAAUUUGCAGGCUAAAAGAAAACAGCCCCACUCAACAGCUGAGUUAAAAGCCAAACGAGCAAAACUCGAUGAGCCGCCCAGGCUAGAUCCCAAACAGUCAUUGUACGUGAAUAACUUGAAUGAUCAGAUUAAGCUUUCCAAACUACGAGAAAAUCUUUAUCUGCUCUUCUCCACGUUUGGUGAAGUCCUUCAAGUUAAAGUGUCCAAGUCGACCCGUGGUCAGGCUUUUAUCGUAUUGAAGACCUUGGACGAGGCCAAUUUGGCCAUGAUCUCACUACAGCAGGAAACAUUUUUUGGAAAACCACUUAGGAUUCAAUUUGCUCAUAACGAGUCCCACAUUUUGACGUGA